AUGAAGAUUGAGAUCGUCGUUGACCCCUCUCGUCCUGCGCCCGCGGCGUCACUUGCUGCUCGUGUGGCGCCGGCUCCUGCAGCAGCAGCACCUGCCGAGGGUGCUAGGACGGGCGGACGUCCCAAGCGCGGUCGUGGUGGACGCGGUGGUGGACGCGGCCGUAGGGCCGACAGGCCUAACAAGAGUGCGGCUGAUCUGGAUGCUGAGAUGGAGGAUUACACUGCUAGCAACGCCCCUGCAGCUGCUGCGUAG